AUGCCAGCUACUUCCGAGGGCGAAGACCUCCUCUACAAUUUAGCCUAUGAGUGUGAAGGUCUCUUCUACCAGCUGCAAGAAGCCUUUCAGAACUCGCAGUCCGAAGUCGCAACUGUCGAACUAUGCGCCGAGUUUCAACAACGCUUCGCAGUAUGGGCAGCACAUCUCGGCGUUUUUGCUCGAAAGAGUCAAUGCCUAGACACGAGGCUCCGAAAUCAUCCGGAUCUUCAAGAUCUCGUUGCUCGGUUGUUGGAUGUCCUCCGUCGCAGCCUGCAGCAAUGUGUGGCCGAUACGUCUAGCCAAGGGGAAGGAGAAACAGUUCCAGCGGCAGCUCUGAAAUCGAUAGACGAUACCCUCACUCGACUGAAUCGUCUAGGGGUUACCAUUCGCCAGUCCGGUCGUGGCAAGUUCGAUGCUAGAGCUAAGAAAUUCGCUGCGGGCCUCGAUCUAAGCUUAUUUGCGUUUCUAUGUGCCAACGCCGUGCAAGCUUUAUAUCCGGGUGCCCAUCAGUCUCUCAAAGACUAUCUCAGCAAAUCAAUGACAGACAGAUAUGCGAGGAUGCUAUUCUUUGGUUCUCGUCAUAAAAAACUCGAGACUCGCCGAGAACGACGCAUAGGGCUGGCACCCAUUCAUGAAGUACCCAAUUCAGAGACACAGCCAAGCAACCCCAUCAUCCAGCUGGCGGUGAUGCCCAAGAAUCCAGUUUUAGCUAACAUUUUACGACCGCCUUCUGCACCAUCUUUAUCUGAUUUGUCUAGCGUCAAUAUGUAUCAGAUCAGAAAUCGCCUCAGACCACCAGACGAGGCAUCGACAAGGUUUCACAAAACGUCGUCGAUUCAGGUAAACCAAGGCAACUAUCCGCGACUACCCGCAACGGAAAAGGGCAGCAGCAUCUUCACCUGCUACUGGUGUUCUGAACUACUUAGUAAAAAAACGCUAUCUGAAAGCGAAUGGCGCCAACACAUAGAUCGAGAUCUCAAACCUUACAUAUGUCUCUCGGAGGGAUGCCCUGAAGCACACCCAGCUUACUCUACUUUUGACGAGUGGUUUACACACAUGGAACUGCACGACUCGCGAUGGCAUCAGCAAAUUUACCUGACAUCUAGCUGGGUGUGUACCGUCUGUGAAUUCAAUCAAGACGUUUACAGCAGCCCGCAAGCCUUGUAUUCUCACCUGGAAGAAUCUCAUAGUGACGUUUUCACAAACGAGCAACUCCGGGCCAUUUCACGACAGAGCAAAACAGAAGAGCCGAGAGCUUCAGACGACUGCCUUCUUUGCUGUUUUGAAGUGCAAGACAAAGGGAACAUCGGCUCGUCAGUGUUCCCUAAACGACGAAAAGGGCAGCCGAAGCAAGAAGCUAGCAAAAGUGCUAGGAAGACUUUGGAAAUGACAAGUCCUAAUCCUCACAACCCAGAUUUGGACCUCUCUGACAACUCUACCGACUCGGACGACAUGAGUUCUCAUCAGGAUAGAAGACAGCGCGACAAAGACCGUUCCAAGGCUGUAGCUAGGCAUGUUGCGGUACAUUUACAAGUACUGAUGCUUUUAACCCUACGCUUCGCCGCAGCCUUGGAACAUGAUGAUGAGGACCUGGAUGAUGGCACCAAGAGUGAUUCCGUCAAUAUCGAUGAAGGAAACAGCGCCUCAAUUGGCGGUACUGAUCUAGGAAAACUAUCUCACAUCGCCUCCGAGGUAGACGUCAUAAUGAAAGAUGGAGCAGAUGGGAACGACGCGAACCAGGCGGAGGGCGCCAUGGAGCUAGAUGACGACGUGGAUAAUAACAUCGCGGACGAAAGUGUCCCAGUUCCUGACACAGAUUUUGAUCUCAAUUUCGUCCCAAGGCAAUACGAUGACCUCGAAGCCAAGGAUGAUGAGUUUUUAAACAUGGUCAUUGAGUCUGGAGCCUACCAGUCUUGGCGAAGCGACUUGGUGGACAUCACGGAUAUUAUCUGCGUGUUGUAUCCGCACUCGGAGAUUGCUGGCAAGGAGGCCCAGCAGCUGGCCAUGAGCGGAUCACCAUACAUCAUCGGUAAGAACGAGGCCGACGGUUUUGGUAAGACGAGGCUCACAGUUUUAUAG